AAAAAGUCUCCCAUGGCAGCUCUCAUCAGUGUUCUUCCAUCUCCGACUAUCCUCGACAAGGUAGGGAUACUUCUGUGCUCCGACGCUCAACAACCAUUCCUUACAAUCGCCAACAUUGACCUCAACCGUGGUGAUAUUGUCGGUUACCUCCUGGAAGAACUUGGGUUACUCACAAAUCUUGCCUUGUUUCACAUCAAUCGAGCAAGUUUUGUGGCGCUGUGGCGAGAAAGUACAAGAGCCUCAUGCUAUUGUUCGAGUUUGAUCUCGGCGAUCGAUCAAAUGGAGAAGCAGAUAGUAAAAGGUGAAGAACUUGAGAAGAAAGCCGAUAAGAAGAUUAGCAGCUGGGGUUUAUUCGGCUCUAGAUACGAAGACGCCGCUGAAUUCUACCAAAGAGCCGCCAAUUCCUUUAAACUCGCCAAAUCCUGGGAUAGAGCUGCAUUAGUUAACAUCAAAUUGGCCAAUUGUCAUUUGAAGUUGGAUAGUAAGCAGGAAGCUGCAAGUGCUUAUGUAGAUGCUGCAAACUGUUAUAAGAAAACUUCCAAUAAACAAGCCAUAGCAUGUCUGGAUCAAGCUGUAAAUUUGUUCUUGGAGAAUGGAAGACUCAAUAUGGCUGCAAGAUACUCCAAGAAUAUUGGUGAGCUCUAUGAGCAGGAACAAAACUUUGAGAUGGCUAUAGUAUAUUUUGAGAGGUCUGCUGACCUUUUCCAAAGUGAGGAAGUGACCACCUCCUCAAAUCAGUGCAAGCAGAAAGUUGCUCUGUUUUCUGCUCAGAUGGGAAAAUAUCCGAAGGCAAUUGAGAUUUAUGAAGAGAUAGCACGACACUCACUCAACAAUAAUCUACUGAAGUAUGGAGUCAGAGGGCAUCUUCUUAAUGCUGGACUUUGCCAACUCUGCAAAGGUGAUGUUGUUGCCAUACACAAUGCGCUGGAGAGAUACCAGGACUUGGAUCCAACCUUUUCGAGAACAAGAGAGUACAAACUGUUAGCUGAUUUGGCAGCUGCGGUUGACGAGGAAGAUGUGGCAACAUUCACUGCUGUUGUCAAGGAGUUUGAUAGCAUGACCCCUCUGCCUCAAGUCCUCAGCUAUUGAGUUUGGUGUUGGCUUCAACAAGGCAAUCUACUAGGCUGAAUCUAUAUUUUAUCAGAGACCAGAUUUCCAAUAUGGAAUUGCUUAUCAGUUCACAAGAUUUUGGUUGAAUCAAACAGAAUCAUUUAGCAUGGUAUCUCCUCGUCUUUUGGCAGCAUAUAAUUAAUUUUGGGACCCCCUAAAUUAUAGAGCAGUUUUUUCCCACCUUUUUUCGUUUUCAUUUGCUGCUCUUGCUUCAACAUACACUCUAUGCCCAUACAUGGUGCCUGUGAAAGAAAUGCAGGCUUGGUUUGCUUUCGUUGACAAUUGGGUGCCUUAAUAUAUAUUUUCUCUCUGUAAGUUUAUAAUAUUCUGUUUUUAUUGUUUUGUUUGAGGAACUUGUGGUAACCUCGUAGUAUAUCCUUUAUUGCAUAGGUGAUUGGCCCUGAUUAUUUUCUUGACGGAGUCUUGUGGGAAGGUUGGAUUUAUUCUCCUAAAUUGUGUGUAUGAAGUUAACUGUACUUCUCUGCAGGAUACUUGGAAGACCACGCUUCUGUUGAGAGUGAAGGAAACUCUGAAGGCCAAAGAACUGGAGGAGGAUGAUUUGACCUGAUAUUUUGAUGUCCUGAAGGUGGACAGACCAUCUUAAAGUGGCCACACGUAAAGGGAGCAUUACAAUGAAAAUGAAGCGUUCACAGCCAUCUUUAGGCAAAACCAAGGUUAAACUAAUGUUCCACCAUCUUGCAUAAUUUGAGUCUCUUUUUGUGCUUGUGUUUGUUUUGUUUGUUAGCUGGCUGUUUCUAUAGUCUGGGAUUAUGCAUAAAUGUUCCAUUGUUGAUCAUCAAAUACUAAAGAAUACUAUAAGACGUAUAAUUUGAGUUUUGGUCCCAUUUACAAUAGGAUUCAAUUUAAUAUUAAAGAAGAAAAAUAUU